AUGGAUGAGUUCACUGAGAAUGCGGGCGACCUUGAACUGGGCCUCGAGCCGGGCAGCAUUCAGAAGCGUCGUCCAUAUCUCAAGAAGUUCAUGCAGCCCGACUCCGAUGAGGAUGUGCCGGAUAUGCAGAAGCUCUACAAUGUGCAGGAAUCGUGGCGCACGCUGCUUGCUUUGCCCACCUGCCAAAAAGUGAUGGUCACUGAAGCUGUGCAGAAAACCCUCAAGAUCCAAGUAGGGCUCAAUGUCACUCAGGAAUUUCCCUGGAAGCAGCUGCAGUACAAGGAACUGCGCGAUGUACUCUUCGAAGAGCUCGAGAAUUCCGCCGAUCUAGUGAAGUUGUUCAAGGGUUUCAAUCCCGAAAACUAUGUGCUCAUGGGCUAUUGCCCCACACUCACCGAGUCCGACGAGGAUCCGCCCGAGGGUGAUCCCUUCAUCUUCUACGUGAGCAGUCGCGACACCAAACUCGCGAUGGGUAUCAUCCAGAACAUGGAAGCCUUCGAACGUUGGCGCAUGCAGCGACGUCUGCGCAAGAAGCCACGCAGCUGGGUCAGCAUGGGCACCGAGCACGAAAUGACCAUUCUAGUGGAGCACAUACGUGAAGCACCAGUCGAUGUGGAGAUUCAGAGUGUAUAUCCCAUUCAGCAGCCCAAGCACAUUACAUUCCAACGACGCUUGGCUCGCGAUGUUCGAGAUGGAGUCAUCGAGCUGCUGCCCAAUGAAAACGUCAAGUACGAUAACAUCAUCAGACGUCGCAUUGCGGUUGGGGUGCAAGUGGCUCCGGCUCGCAUCAGCCAGGAGCAGCAGACUAAUCCCACAUUUCCCUCGAACGCCUGGUCUCAGUAUCUCUACGAGCUGGACGAUGCAGACCUCGAACUUGAUGAAUCUGAAGUAGAGGAGGAGCAGGCGGGAGCCGUUCGCAGCAGACCCGUCACACCUGUUGUGGAGGCUCCCAAGCCACCGCCCGAGAUGUCCGAUCAGGUAAAUCUGCUGCUGGAGACUCUCGACUUCAAUCAAAUCGACAGCUAUCGCAAUGACUAUCAGCUGAUAUCGACCAAGCAGGUGGUGCACUACUCCAAUCCGUAUCUGCAGGAGUUUAUGUGCUUUGCCAACAUCUCGAAGAGCGACAAACGCUAUGUGGCCAGUAUCGAUUGGUAUCCUUCAAUGUCUGGCCUGCUGGCCGUCUCCUAUGGCUUCAGUACUCCCAGCACCACGGAUCUGGCCACAAACAAUGUAAACUUUGUGCAGCGUGCGGUGCUCGAACCGAAUCCUGUGCUGCUCUGGAGCUUCUCCGACAAUUUGAAUUAUAAACUGGAGUUUGAAGCGCCUUUUGAGGUGACCAAACUGUCGUUUUGUCCUUUUAAUGGCGAUAUCUUGCUGGGCGGCUGUCAGAAUGGUUUACUGAUUGUCUGGGAUCUGCAGGGACGUUGCGAACACCUCGAUGAGGAGGAGUUCCUAACCCCAGAGCAAGCCAAGUAUCGUGCCAUGAUUGGUGAGUAUCUCAACUGGACGCUGGACAUCAACGAGGAUGUUGUUGUACCCCCAGCAAUUAUAUCACCGCUGGAGAGUUCACCUACGGGAGCGAUCACUGGCAUCUAUUGGCUGAGCAAGCACUUUUAUUUGAAUAACUUUGGCAAAGUAUUCACCGAUCCCGAUAAGCGCAAUCAUCACAAAUUCUUCAUUACUUGCGCCUUUGAUGGCACCGUCAGUUUCUGGAAUCUUGAUGGAGAAGUCUCCAAGAAGGAGCAACAGCAACGUGCCAAAAACUUGCCCAAGGAGCUUACACAAAACGAAUCUGCGAUGAAGAACAAAACAAUCAAACCCAUUUAUAGUUUGUCCUACAACGAACCUUUGACUGGCAUCGUAGCCGACACUUCAGUGUUCUCCGUUCAAACGCCUUCUCCCAAGGUCAUUUACUCCUCGCCUGCCAAUUAUCCCAUCAAUGUAGUGGCCAAAAAUCCGCCCGAGUUGCGUCAAUCGCUCAUUCUCUCCACCUACUACGGUCACAUUGUGCGCGUCGAGUGGCAGGGAAUGUACAGUGAAGCAGGUGCCAAGGAGCAGGUGAACAGCUCCAUCAACUUUGCCAUGGUCCACGAUGGUCCUGUUGUGGCGGUCAGCAAGAAUCCCUUUUAUCCGGAGUUGUUUGCUUCCAUUGGUCGCACUGUGUUUGCUCUGUGGAAGGAGGAUUAUCCUCACUCGGCCAUCAUUUGGCGCAAGCGUCCUUGCGAUCUCACUGCUGUUGCUUGGAGUGAAACGCGGCCAGCUGUCUUGUACAUUACUCGCAAUGAUGGCAUUUUGGAAGCGUGGGAUAUUUUGGAUCGCGAUGAUGACGCUGUGUUGACCGAAGUGCUGGGAGGCGGCAUCAUCACAGCAGUAACAGAGCAUCGUCCUUCACUUCCGCACAAGAUUCUCGGCAUUGGUGACUACAACAGCAGCAUUCGCAUGGUGAAGCUGCCCCACAGCUUCGAUGUACCGCUAGACAACGAAUUGGCCAAAUUGAUGAAAUAUGUACUGAGGCAAAUCAGCCGCAAGAUGAGCAUUCAGGCCUGGGAGCAAAAGUAUUACGAAUUGAACAAGGACAUCAUUGAAGCAAAACGUGAGGCAGAGGAAGAAGCACGCAAGGAAUUGGAGCGUUUGGAGCGAGAGCAGCAGAAUCCCAGAAAGCGUGCGUCAGAGAAUGAUGAGGAAGGCGGCACCAAAGGUGCCAAAGGAGGCCUCGGCAAUGUGCCGUACAACGAACGUAUGGCCAAAAAGUUUGAUGAACUGAAUCUGAACCGCAUGAUGACCAUUUUAAUGUCUCGCAAGCAAAUGGAUCCCGAGAAACUGGCACGUGAAACGGCGCUAGAAAAGGAACGACUUAGCUAUGAGACCGCCAAGAAGGAAUCGUACGCUCGGCUCCUGGAAACCGUCGAUGAGGAUGUUGCCACCAUACGCUCUCGCAUUCUGCCCGUCGAGAUUUCCGAUCAACAACGCAGCGAAAUGAUUGCAGAGCGGGUGAAGAAUGUAAUCGCCAAUUCCGAGUCCUAUGAGAGCAUCAGCGAAGAUGCUUUUGAGCGUCUGAAGAACUUUCCCGAACUCAAGUCGGUGGAUUACAUUGAGCUACUCGAACGUGGCAUUCAACGUCGCCAGCUUCUCGAUCAAUCGCUGGGCGGCAACACUGAUCGUCUUUUGUGGUAUAAGGAGAAGCUGCGCGAUAAUCAAAUCUUUGAGUGCGACUUUGGCACCGAUCUGCUCUACAAUCGACGCCCCUUAGGCCCGUUUCCGAAGGCAACUUCCGAGGAGGAAUUGCGCCCCGCAUCUGAAUCGCAGAGUAGGGUUGAGAAAAUUGCUUCUGUUAUUGAUGAGGAUUAAUUAUAAUUUGAUUUGUUUAUGAAGAACUAUAAAAAUGA